AUGGAUGACACGGAGGGUUUUGCAACAAAAAUGAGUAAUGCUAAGUGGGGCCACAAUUCUCAGGGAGAUAAUAAGCAGCAAUGUGUGGACCAAUGGAUGGCCCCAUCCACCAAAGUCACGCGUAAUGGAUCCUAUGAAUCGCUCACUUACCCUCUUCAACAAGACAAACAAUACAACACAGCAAGCUAG